CCGGCGUCUGGUAGUUCACUGGACAGAGCCGCCAGUCUGCUCGCGUCGGUUUUGGAGAGAGAAGCUCUGGGUUUGCUGCUGAAUACGCUUUGUACGCAAUGUCAGACACCGGCAAAUACUUGGUGAUCACACCUGAGGAGGUGGCGUACGUCAGGAAACAGCUGGGUACCAACGAGGAGGACAUCAAGAAGGCUGUGACGUCACUGCGAGAGUGGCUCAGGAUGCAGCCACACUUACCUGACGCCGUAGAGGACUCCUUCGUUGAGCGGAUGUACAUCAACUGCAAGUGCAGCAUGGAGAGGGUCAAAGUAGGAUUAGACGCGUACUUCUCCCUGAAACACAGAUUCCCCGAGUUAUUAAUGAACAGAGAUGUAAGAGGAUGCGACAUCCAGUUUGCAAUGAAGCAUGUCAAAAUGAUGACGCUGCCACGCCUCACAAAGGACGCAUAUCGCGUGCACGUCCUCACGGGAGUGGACGAAGACCCGACCAAUAUAAUUUGGCCCACAUAUGGUAAGAUAGUGUCCAUCGGAAUGGAAGUUAUGUUGGUCGAAGACUACUCUCUUGGAGAUGUUCUCAUCGUCGACUUGGCCAAUGUGAAUGCCGGACACAUCGUGCGUGCAGAUAUCAACCUCAUCCACAACCUUGAAGUCUGCUACAAGACUGCUUACAGCCGGAGGUUGAAAGGAAUUCACUUGGUGAAUGCAUCGAAGAUCAUACAUUCAGUCACGAAAAUAGUGAAGAUGGCGCUGUCUGAAAAGUUGCAAAAGAGGGUGUUCGCGCAUCUUCCAGGAUCGACGACCCUGUUCGACUACGUGCAGCGUGACUGCGUACCAGACGAGCUGGGAGGCACUGCUGGACCUGUUGACAACUUAGCCUACAUUCUUCUGAAGAGGGUUAACCGCGAGUGGCUGCUAGAGAAGGACAAGUACGUGUCAGACGAGAGCAAACGCCCCGCCGAGAACCGCUUUGGUGACAACUACGGCAUCGCAGGCUCGUUUAAAAAAUUGUGCGUGGACUGACACAAAACUCUUCUUUUUAAGACACAGAUUCGACAUUUUUAUACUCGAGUACAUAUUUUACACGAUUACCUGUGGACAAAAAAACUGAAAUAAACUGUU